AUGUCACUUUGGACUGUUCAACUGCUGGGCCUGCAGUUGUCUCUCUCCUGCUGCUGGACUUUAGGCUGUCAAGACAUGGAGCCAGCUCCUGAAUUCAACCUCCCCGGAGAUUACCUUGUUGUAGGCAUGUUCUCUCUCCAUUCAGAUUGUGUGGAGGUGAGACGCAGGCCCACAGUGACCCAUUGUGACAGGCCCAACAGCUUCAAUGGUCAUGGUUACCACCACUUCCAGGCCAUGCGAUUCGCCAUUGAGGAGAUAAACAACUCCACAGCGCUGCUGCCCAAUGUCACUCUGGGGUACGAGCUGUACGAUGUGUGCUCAGAGUCAGCCAAUGUGUACGCCACGCUACGUGUGAUCUCCCUGCUGGGUGCGUGCUGUUCAAAGGUGCCCGGAAGCCCUUCCCACCAUUCCCCAGAGGCUGUGGCCGUGAUAGGACCUGAUACCACCCAACGAGCUGCCACCACCGCCUCCCUGCUCAGCCCCUUCCUGGUGCCCCUGAUCAGCUAUGAGGCCAGCAGCACAAUACUCAGUGCAAAGCAGCAGUACCCGUCCUUCCUGCGCACCAUUCCCAGUGACAGACACCAAGUGGAUAUCAUGGUGAUGAUGCUACAGAGCUUUGGCUGGGUCUGGAUCUCACUGGUGGGCAGUGCUGGAGACUACGGUCAGCUGGGCAUACAGGCGCUGGAGAACCAGGCCACCGAGAAAGGCAUCUGUAUUGCUUUCAAGGGUAUCAUGCCCUCUUCGGCCCUGCCUGGUGAUGAGAGCAUGCAGAGCUUGGUGCACAGCCUGGCCCAGGCCAGGACCACUGUCGUGGUAGUUUUCUCUGCCAGGCAGCCGGCCUGGGUGUUCUUCGAGUCUGUGGUGCUGGCCAACCUGACUGCUAAGGUGUGGCUUGCCUCCGAGGAUUGGGCCAUCUCCAGACACAUCAGCAGGGUGCCAGGCAUUUGGGCCAUUGGCACUGUGCUCGGUGUGGCCAUCCAGCAGAAAACUGUCCCUGGCUUGAAGGAGUUUGAAGAGGCCUAUGUCAGGGCAGACAAGGUGGCCAGCCAAGCUUGCUCCAGGGGCUCCAAGUGUGGUGCCAGCCAGCUCUGCAGAGAAUGUCAGGCUUUCACUGAGCACAUGAUGCCCACGCUUGCAGCCUUCUCCAUGAGUUCUGCUUACAAUGUGUACCAGGCUGUCUAUGCUGUGGCCCAUGGCCUGCACCAUCUCCUGGGCUGCACCUCAGGAGCCUGUUCCAGGGGACAAGUCUACCCUGAGCAGCUUCUAGAAGAGCUCUAUAAGGUGAAUUUCCUGCUACACAAGGACACUGUGGCAUUUAAUAACAAGGGGGACCCCCUCAGUGGCUAUGACAUAAUUGCCUGGGACUGGAAUGGCCCCAAUUGGAGCUUCAGAGUCAUUGGCUCCUCCACAUGGUAUCCUCUCCGGCUGAACAUAAAUAAGACCAAAAUCAAGUGGCAUGGAAAAAGCAACCAGGUGCCCAUGUCUGUGUGCUCCAGCGACUGUGCUGAAGGGCAUCAGCGAGUGAUUGUGGGCUUCCACCACUGUUGCUUUGAGUGUGUUCCCUGUGAGGCCGGCACCUUUCUCAACAAGAGUGACCUCCACAGCUGCUGGCCUUGUGGGAAAGAAGAGUGGGCACCUGAGGAAAGCCAGACCUGCUUCCCACGCACUGUUGUGUUUCUGACUUGGCACGAGCCCAUCUCUUGGGUGCUACUGGCAGCUAAUAUGCUGUUGCAGCUCCUGCUGGCUGGGACUGCUGGCUUGUUUGCUUGGCACCUAGACACCCCAGUGGUAAGGUCAGCUGGGGGCAGGCUGUGCUUCCUCAUGAUAGGAUCCCUGGCAGGGGGCAGCUGUGGCCUCUAUGGUUUUUUGGGGGAGCCCACAUCCCUAGCAUGCUUGCUGCGCCAGGCUCUCUUUACCCUCGGUUUUGCCAUCUUCCUGUCCUGCCUGACAGUCCGCUCCUUCCAACUUGUCUUCAUCUUCAAGUUCUCUGCCAAGGUACCCACGUUCUACCAUGCCUGGGUCCAAAACCAUGGUGCAGGUCUAUUUGUGGUGAUCAGUUCAAUGAUCCAGCUGCUUAUCUGUCUCACUUGGCUUGUGGCGUGGACUCCACGGCCCAGCAGAGAAUACCAUCGUUUCCCUCAGUUGGUGGUACUUGAUUGCACACAGGCCAACUCACCAGGAUUUCUGCUGGCUUUUGCCUACAACGGCCUCCUCUCAGUCAGCGCUUUCACCUGCAGCUACGUGGGCAAGGAUCUUCCAGAGAACUACAAUGAGGCUAAAUGUGUCACUUUUAGUCUGCUCCUCAACUUCGUGUCCUGGAUUGCCUUCUUCACCACCACUAGUGUCUACCAGGGCCAGUAUGUGCCAGCAGUCAAUGUGCUAGCUGCUUUCAGCAGCCUGAGCAGUGGCUUUGGUGGCUAUUUCCUCCCCAAAUGUUAUGUUAUCCUCUUCCGCCCAGAUCUCAACAGCACCGAGCACUUCCAGGCCUCCAUCCAGAAUUAUACCAGGCGCUUUUGCUCCACCUAG